UUUAAGCAAACAAGUGAUCAGACACAAAUUCAGUACAAAUAUGUCAUAUAAAUAGUUUUUUAGUACAUCUUUUUAAUCAAUAAAAAUUAUGGAUUCCUGUGUGUGCUGCUGUGCUCCUUUACAUACACGUGAGGCACAGUUAAGUCUGUCCGUUCCACUCCACACCAGUAGGUGGCUCACAUCAACUUGAUAAUCAACGAACUAUCACAUUUCAUUUCCGGGUCAAUUGGUUGGCGGCUGAAAAGCGGUAAAAUACAAAGACGGUGGUGAAGCAAACAGUGGGAUUACAACGAAAUUAAACCGAUUAGCAGAAACGUUUGUUUCUUGUUGAUGCCCGUUGGCUCUGACGUCUCAACAGAGUGUCUCAGCACCGCCGCCAUGAAGGAGCAACUGUUCAAUAAAGUGCUACAAGUUAUUGUCAGGUGUAAGGACUGCGAGGAAAGAAAGGCAAAUCUUCGUGUCACCAUUGAGCUCCAGCUGACUACAAGUACAGCACACCGAAGGGAUCUUCUUGUCAGGUUAAUUGAUGAUAUAGAUCCAUAUUUCCUUUUCAACCUUUCUAUAUCAGAAGAAGACUUCCAAAGUUUGAAAGUACAACAAGGCCUGCUGAUAGACUUUGCAUCAUUCCCUCAGAAGUUUAUUGACCUUCUUAACUUGUGCAACUCGGAGCAAGAGUCAGACUCACCAAGGUUUCUCCUUCACCUGACGUGCCAGUCGUCAGUGCUCGAGGGCUUUGCCAGCUUCAGUGUUGUGGAGACGAAUGCAUUCAAGCACCUAAAUCACCUGUGUCUACGGCUUGUUCAAGGCUCAGACAGAGAGCUUAAAGACUACCUGGCAGCAUGUCUCUCUUCCUUGAAGGCGGAGAAGCAGGCCAUAGAUCUGAAGCUUAAGAAGACUGAAGAUGAUCUUUCUCGCCAGCUAAGCUAUGCUCAACAGACUCUGUCUGAGAAGACCAAAGAGUUAGAAAAGCUGCGAUCGGAGUGGACAAGCCAGACCAGUUCUCUGUCCAGUCGUCAUUCACAAGAGUUACAGCUCGAGAGGGAGAAGAUGGUUGAGUUGCAGAACAGAUUUAGCCAUGAGACUGAGCGUCUGCGUCAGGAGCUGGAGAGUGCUCAGAAGAAGAGCAUGCAGCAGCUUCAGAGCAGAGAGGCAGAGCUGGAGAGCUCCUGCAGGGAGCUGACGGAAAGAAAGUACAAGAACGAGUCCACCAUCAGAGAUCUGAAGGUCAAACUAGUUGGUGCAGAGGAGGAAUGUAAGCAUUUAAAGCAGCAGGUCCUGACUCUCAGGAGGGAGAACAGCACUUUGGACACAGAGGUCCAUGAAAAAGAGCGUUUAGUUAACCAGCUGCAGAUGAGAGUAGCCGUUCUGGAACAGGAAGUCAAAGACAAAGAUAUGCUGAUGUGCCGCACAAAAGAGGUGUUGGAGGCCACUCAGCACCAGAAGGAAUCAGUGGAGGAAAAUGCAGAAAGUAAAGAGCUUCAGUUAAGAAGACUUGAAGAAACUGUGAAAUCACUGUCAGAGGAGCUGUUAAAGGCUAAUGGUAUAAUCAAGAAGCUGCAGGGAGAGCUCCGAGGCCUUCUCGAUAAGAUCAAAAUCAAAAACACCGUGACUGUGUCACAAGAGAAGAUUCUCCAGGAAACACAAGGCAAGCUUCAGAGUGUAGAAAAGGAUCUCCAGGUGGUUCAGCAGCAGCUUGUUGCCAAGGAGGAGCAGGUUUCAAAACUAACGGAGCAGCUGGAGGCGGCGGUACAGAAAUUAAAUGAAAGCAAAGAAGUGUUGAAAACAAAUGAGAAUGUUAUAAGUUGGCUCAAUAAGCAGCUAAAUGAAAACCAGCUGUCCAGAAAAGCACCAUCUCCUGUGCAUGUGGAGAAACCUUCUGGUUACUCGUCAGAACUGAGGACGAAGCUUUAUCCUUGGCCAAGCAAACCUCCAGUGUCCCUCAUAAAGGCUCUGGAUGUUACUCCUGCUGAAGGAGCAGCACAGCCAGUUCACUGUGAAGACUCUAUUGGCCUGGAUUCUAAGUACUUCAGAAGAGAAGACAGCAUCCCGGUCUACACGCUGUCGUCUAACUCCGCUCACAGAGAAGGAAAUCAGAGCGUGAAGCCUUCCAUAACUUCUGCUUACUUCCCUGCAUGAAGACUGCUGGAUCAACGUCCCACGACCGUGGAGGAACUAAAGCUCACGUCCAAAACUCUUGUACAAAAAAUACUUUAUAUUGAAUAAACUUUAUUUUAAGUAGCUGUAA